AUGCGUCGAGCAACCGGUGAUAAGAGGGUCUUCAGCCCAGACGCUCAGUCUCUUCUGCCUCUCUCCAAGCCUAAACUCCACUCUCGAGAUUCUAGCCAUACUAUUGCGAAGCUCACCUCGAGAAAGAUCGUCAAUAUCAUUAUUAGAGCCGCCUCCGCUGCCUUGGGAUUUCUAAUUCUCGGCCAAUUUGCCGUCAUGCCGGCUAUCAAGGCUGUACGGGCUGUUCAGGCGGAUUUAACUGGAGUGCAGCGUAUGUCCAUUGGGAUCAAGAUCACAGAGACGCUGAUCGCUGUCAUUUCCGUGAGCAUUGUCACUGUCGUAUACCGUCUUCUCAUUCGUAGAGGUACUUUGAUGUCUACCACUGCGAUUUACCCUUGUUCUGCGGUCGAGAAGAAUAUAGGGAAGCUGUUGUCUUCUGCGUGGCCUGACUACAGCGGAGAUGUCACCAGAAAUGCAGUAGCUGGAACACAGACGAUCGACCCAGGCUCCAGUGGCGGCUCUGUGCUCGUCCGGGACAAAGACUCCGAACGAAUACGCCUGAUGUACAUUGGGAAGAUGCGCUCGGAUGAAGACGGCAGGCUCAUUGCGAAAGGGCUAUUUGACAGCUGUGCGGAACCCAAAAGUCGCUGCUCGAGAGCCCGGUCAUGGUUGACAAGCGGGUCACCACUGAUGAAGACCAUUGUGCAACUCCUCAUCUGGCAAUGGGCGACUUUCUGGCUAGUCUUGCUUAUGGUGCUAGCAACUCUUAUCUACAAUGGCUUCUUGACUGGAGAAUUGGCCAUCGAUAGUUACCCUCGUCUCACCAUUAUCGUUCUCUACAGUUUAGGCUAUUUGGCUCAUUCGAUCUAUGUGUGGAGGGUGAUCUCCGACUUCCUAACGAAUGUUGGUGCCGGUGCUGCUUGGAGCCUCCUGGAACGAGCAAAUUUCGUCGUUUGUCAUCACCACGAUCUCCGCCGACAUCCAACUGGCAGACCCUUUAGCUUCAGAGGAAUCGACAAGGCGAGUAAAGAGCACGUCCCCACCAUGUAUGAGGCCGUCUUUAGGCACGAGACGGCCAGCCCAAAGGAUGCGCACGACGAACCCAUUGUGGACGACUACAGAUCAGACUAUGCGUCCGAUGAUCCCCAGGCUGUCAAAGCCGCAUUGGCCACGAUAGAGAAAGCACAGGAGGAUGAGAGAGACGCCGCUCGAGACGCCGCUAAGCUUGCUCUUGAUCGUGUUAUGUCGAACGUGAUGAUCGUGACAGGAAUUAUUUUGUCCUCUGGUUUCUCAUCCUGGACAUCUAACCAAGCUACUGAGAAUACCCCCAAUAACUUCAAUUCGCAGCAAAUCGGGUCUUUGGCACUGCUAACAUCUCUGUCUUUGGGGGCAGCCGCGAUGUUUACGUCCGCUAUGCAUCUCAGCGUUAUGGAAUCGUCAUUCAACACAAUAUUGUCUCUCAAGGAAACAAAGAUCAACGGCCAAGCCGUCGAUCAUUACAAGAAGCGUUCGAGCACAAGCAGCGCCCUGUCAUUCACGAACCACGACUCCGAUGUCAGCAGCAGCACCACUGGCCACGCGGGCAAUCUGACUGCAUGUAGAAUCGGCUUCAUGGACAUUCUUACCAUGACAAAAGCCUCCGAUAUUGCACACGUGUUCUUCUUGGGUCCGGCAUAUACAUUGUUACCGGAUAAACAGGACCACAUCCGUACAUCAAGGAAUCUCCAGUUUGACCUGUUCGCCGAGGUGCGCGGUAACACAGUUGUUCUGACUACCCAGCCCACCAACGAACACGCACUUACAGGGGAGGGUACCAAUGUUGAGGCGGUCAAUGUCUGCUUACUGCCACAAGGUGCAAUGAAAUCGACGCUUGCAGGUUCUGAGGAUACGCACGGAAAAUCAAACUCCCACGCUUCAGAAAAGCCACUUGUUUGUGAUCAGGUUUGA